AUGCCGCCCUUCGAUGGCUAUGGGGGCCGUUUGGGGCGCGUUACGCACAGCGAGGUAGGUGGCUUACACGGUGACGGGCGCCAUUCCCAACCAGCGGGCCGGGCGGCGAUCGCAGCCCAUUGCCCCGGGGCGUUUUUGGCCCCGUGCAGAACACGGCGCGCCAAGCAGCUUGCCAACACCACGCGAAGAGAAAACCAAGGUUCCAAAUUGCAAACAAAAGGUGCGCAAGCACUUGGGAACAAAGGGGCCAGCAUCCCCCCGCAUGGCCGAAUCGGAAACCGCAGGUUAGGCCGCGCCCGUCGCGGCGCUGGCGGGCCGGCGUUUUUUUGA